AACCUUCUGUUACCGGUAACGGCAGAUGUGUUCCUAUCGACUGCGAUUGAUCACCGCUUGAAAACGGAGGGGGUUUAUUUUUAAAAGGCUCACGGAAGACGAGGGAGGAGGUCCAGUCGGCCAGAGGGGGAUAUGUUCACAAGAGAGGGGGCGAAGUUAAAAAGAGUUACACUUCUGCUCCAAGUGUGUGUGUGUUCCUUCCCUUUGUGUUGGUGAUGGAUAUUCAGUGUUAUCUUCUACUGUGUUACGCACAGCACAUAUCAGAAGACAUGUCAGUGUCUUCUCAAGACAUUAUAUUAUGGGAGAACAACUUCAGUUCUCACCACUCGUGUUUAGAAUACAUGUCAUCCCUGUCUGCAAACAUGACGGAGCCCCACUGCGAGCCCCAGUGGGAGAGGUACACAAACCUCUGCUGGGGUCCCACGCCUGCUGGGCAAAAGACUAAGGUGCCUUGUCCGGACGAUGGAUACCUGAACCCGCAGCAGUUCGCCUUUAGGAGCUGCCUGUCCAACGCCUCGUGGUACGUGAACUAUAGUUUCGACUCCAAGCCUUACACCGACUACACGGAUUGCUUGAUUCCGUUGCCAAAUAACGCUGAGGAGGAUUUAAAGAAGCGCGUAGGGGAGACGAUCGUGUUGGUAUUAAAAGGGUUGGAUAGCUCCGAAACUCUUCACUUGACACUUCACAUUAUCUCCAUUGUGAUGCUGAUUCUCACCAUAGUGACCAGCGGGGUCAUGGUGCUGAGACUUCACAGCCUGAGGAAGGACCCGUACAAAUACAUCGUCCUCAUCUUCGGCUCCCUUGCGCUUCUUCUGAACAACGCAAUCACUCUCUCUAGCAGUACCGUGGAGGACGUUUGGCAAAGCACCAAGUGCCGCACUGCCAAGUACCUCGUCAUCCUUAGCAGCCUCGUUCUCUACAUGUGCCUCUACUUCUAUAUCUUCCUUUGCGUGGCCUCCAUUCUCAGGCUCGCCAUAGGCUCCUCCAGAGUUAAAAUUAUCAUGGCGUCUGCCUUGGUCGUCGCCGUGACCCUCGUCGCUACAGAGGUGACGGUGGAGAUCCAACUCUAUUCCGUGCAGUUGUGCGGCUUCGGGAGCUCCCCUGCGUCCUACCACUGGAUCACCACCGGACCCAAGAUCAUCCUGGUCAUAAGUAUCAUCACCAUGGGCAUCGUCUCCAUCUUCGGUUCCUUCUACCUCCAGCAUCCACAUCUGCAAAAAGGCAGAAACCUUAACAUUAUACGCCAGCAGAGCGUCAGCGCUCUUAUCGUGACUCUGUACAACAUGAUCCGAGAGAUUCUGCUCGCUCUAGUCUACGGCGUCGCUUACAUGAGCUACUUCGACUCACCUGUCCACGUAUACGUCCGCAUCUUCUCAAUCGUUAACGCUGCCCAAGGUAUCGUCUUCUCCCUUUUUAUGUGCUUCGUGGAUCUUCAGGUUAUCUCCCUGCUUCCCUGUGUGAACACCAAACACGGGAAGAGUAUCAUGGAUGAUUCAAGGCAUUAUUCUUUUAUCUCGGUCGUCAAGCGGAGGCGCUCCAAUAGUGUUAAAGGAAUAGGAGCCUCUCCCCGACAGACGGAAGCGAAGGCUGCUUCGUUUGAUAACCUUAGCGGAGAAUAUGCGUACGCCGUGACGGUAAAACGAGCCGAGUCUCAGCCUAAAGUUUACGAGACAAUGAUUGUACACGAUCCUUACUAAUAGCCAUUCCAAAAUGGGGCGAAUUAAUGGAUUAUUGCAGUGUAAAGUUACCAACGUCAAUUCAUUGUCCGUGCGUAUUCUUACUUAGAGUGGCAGGCGUCCUAAAUUCAGUGGAUCUUCAAAUCUUUCUCUAAGACGACUUCACACUCAUAAAGCUGACAAAGGAGAUGGUUUUCCCCACCACUCAACGAUAUAAUUAUUUUUAAAAUGUUUAAUUAUUAAACUUUCCUAAGACUGGAAUUGGCACUUGAUGGUUCCUGAGGAAGGGAGCGUUAGCUAAAUUUGGAACUAUCAGCAAAAACAUAUGUAAGUUUUGGAGGUUAGUACUACAAAAUUCAGAACUAUAGGCCUAUAUAUAGUUCUUUUAGUUAGGGGUCUGCAACAGGGACCUGGGCGAACGCCUCUGCCCAUUGCACAUGUCCCCUACCUCAUUUCCUAAGAUAAAUAAACCAUCAGUUCGUUACAAAUGUUUGGUUUGCGUAAAAGAUUAUUCUGAUAUAGAGUGUAUUUGUGUUAUAGCCCACCUCUCAGACACCAGCAGAGUAGAGACUAUAUCAAUAAUCUGAUCCACGUAAACGUUCUGUACGGAGUACUUACAUUGAAAAGGAGAAUAAAGAAACAGAGCAUGAUAUUGUUCAGACGAGAAACAUACUUAAUGUGUAAAUACUAUUAGAUCUACAUAUAGCAUGGGCGUAGCCAGGGGGGGAGGGGGUUGGGGUUUGAAUCUCACGCCCCGAAAUGAAAUACCCCCCUGUCGGAAUUUAGUGACUGAUUUUUUGCUUUGACUUUCUUUAUUUUAGGUAAGAUUUUAAUACCAAACCAUCACUUGCCCCAGCACAGUCAUGGGGGUUUAAGCUUAAAA